UUUGGAGCCGGUCGGGGUGGGAGAUGGUAAUUCAUUAUUUCCCAAUGGGAAAUUGUCAUCAGAAAAUGUUGCCGCCUUCACCAGAUACUACUCCCCGCCGGAUGGGUCCAGUAAUUCCGAGGGGGGAAUACCUCCUACGCCUUUCUCCCGGUACGUGUCCGCGCAAGAGCAGGGAGAGGAAACAUUAGCACAAGAUCAAGGUCUUCAAAACCGCGAAAUAGAAGAUCAAGGUCAACAAAACCGUGCUCGGAGUUGUACUUCGUUUGAAUAUGGUCACGUUGUCACGCCGCAUAUUAUCAUUUCGAGCACAAGAACUGAAGACGGGAGAGAAGGUGUGGAAAGUAGCCCGCCUCCGGGCUCAACAGCGGGACUGACUCAACACUAUCAAAUGUAAAAAUGUCUGGGUCUGGAAGAUUUCUAGCUUUGUGAUGCCUCUACAGCAUGAGAAAUGACCUCUCCGCGUCGCACAAACUGGAGUCCUCUUGCUGGUCAUGCAAUACAAAUUUUUUCAGAGCACAGCAUCACAAGCUUAGAAUGUUCCAGACCCAGACACUUUUACAUUUGAUAAACGCCACGUUUUGACCAAAUCUUCCGUGGGUUCGUCCACCUCCGCCGGCGGGGUCGGAACCCGGAGCGGGAAUCUCACGCUGUCUCAGUCGCAAGAAAACAACACACAGUGGAGCCGGUUUGUGACACCGGAGAGUAACAACGGAAUAAACGUUGGUGAAUCAGAAGCAGAAUCUUGCGGUGGCGCCGCGUCGGGCGCGUCCGCGAGCAGCAUGUCGGUUUCGCCUUCCCGGUCG